AUGCCCACUCAACCGCCCCUCCCUCCCCUCCUGGCACCCUACGUAUCGUCUUUACCCCCCUCAUCUCUCAUCGUUCUCUCCACCGUCCUCGGCGCUCAGGGCAAUUGGCUCACAUUACGAUAUCUCUACGCCGCACUGAAUGCAUUAUCCACCUCCGACGCUGCGCUAAGUUUCGGUGAAGGUCACAAUGGGAAGAAACAAAAGGUGGUGCUCGUGAGCUUCCUGCGGGGUUGGGAAUUUUGGCGCGCGGAAGCAAAAAGAUUGGGCUUGGAUCUCGCCCGUCUCACAGACAAGCGCCAAUUUGCCUUUGUCGAUGGCUUAUCCGAACUCUUCGCCGGUCCGCGGACGACGCCGACGCCGACCACCCCCACCACCACUAACACCACCACAACCCAAACCACUCCUCCCUCUCUAGCACCCUCACCCCGCGGCGGCCCUGUUCCUCAGCGGACAGUUCUCCCCAAUCGAUCGGCGCCAGGUCCCAUUCCCGCGCGAGGGCCUCAACCCGCGCGCGGGCCCGCGGUCGCCGCCCCAGCUCCGUUGGCUCCGGUGGCACCGUCAGCUCCGCCAGCUGCGCCGGCUUCUCGAGAGGUCGGCCCAGUCAAGCGACUGCACCUUUCCGGAAAGGGGCCUGCAGCCCUUGACAGACUCGAGAAGGAUAUCGCGGCGGUGGUGGGGCAUCUGAACGGGAGGGCGACGGCUUCGGCGGAGGAAGAGGACGAUUCAGAGGUGCUGUUAGUCCUCGACCAACCGGACCUGCUUCUAGCCGCGACGGGUCCCGGCAAGGAGAUUGGAGCUACGGAGAUGACCGAGUGGGUGAUGGGCCUACAACAGUAUGUCCAUGCUACGGUCAUGACCCUCGCGGCAGACUUGCCCUUGAUACACAACGCCUCGGCGGCUGGGCAUCAAAUGCCAACGCCGCUGGAGACCGAACACGCCGCGUUUGCGAUCGGUUCGGCCCACCGCGCGCAUCUGGUGAUGCAGUUGCGGGAUCUGGAUACGGGGGCCGCGCGGGAUGUGAGUGGGGUUCUCAGGGUAAGUAAAGGAGGUGCGUGGGGACAGAGCGACAACACCGAUGCCAACGGGAAUUGGGAAGAGAAGGAGGCUUUGUACUUCGUGCAAAGAGAUGGUGGAGUCAGCGUCUUCAGACGCGGGGAGUAGGGGGAUCAGUGUCAGUGGGACCAGGGUGGUGUGGGGGCGGAGGCGUUCGGGCGCAUUCAAUCAAAAAGCAUAGAAUGGUAGAUUGAUUUGUUUCGCAAGUUGAUAGGCAGUGCAAGGAUAGAUACGUUUCGGUAAGGUUGGCAAUCGGAACUUUAAGUAGACAGAUCACAUUGGAUGAAUGUCUCAACACGGCGUCUGUCUCGACAUGGGAUAUCCGCCAGCCAUAAACAAGUCAAGGAAAUUCAUGCAUUGCUUUCCCUUCUGCUUUUUUUUUU